AUGGAGCUACAGAACGAGCGUGUUAGCCAUCUCGUGCCACCAGACCAUGAGCUAAAGCAGUUCGACUGGCCUAGCAAACCUACCACUGGCGCUUCUGCUGCCGUCAUCGUCGGAGCCAAAGGUUGGCCACACCUGUUCUUGCUGUUUCCACCUCGAACUCUGGCGUUUCCUGUGAGCCUACCGUCUCUCGACCCGAAUCCCUUGGACAGCCAAGACCGUCUGUUGGCUCCCGGAGCAGAGUACGUCCACGGUAGACCUCGCGCCAACAUGGUCAACCUUCGAAGUAGGGAACGGGACUUCGGGUCAAGAUUUACCGGUGCCGAAGUACGCUAG